AUGAUGAAGUCAAUCAAGAACACCCCACGUCGCAGCCCCCCACCCCCUCCUCCACCAUUACCAACUUCAAAAGUGAGCGAGGAUCACAACUGGCAAGCUACACAGACAACAGUUCGUGAGAGGAAUGCUGUCAUGUUCAACAAUCCUUUAAUGGCGGAUGUCCAGUUUACAGUUGGGGUAGCCCCCAACCAGCAACAGAUACCAGGUCAUAAAUAUAUCCUUGCUACUGGCAGCUCUGUGUUUUUUGCCAUGUUUUAUGGAGGUUUGGCCAGUGAGACUAAAGAAGUUGAUAUUCCAGAUGUAGAGCCACAAGCUUUCCUCAAUCUUCUUAGGUAUUUGUAUUGUGAUGAAAUCCAUCUAGAACCAGAUAACGUACUAGCAACAUUGUAUGCUGCUAAAAAAUACAUCGUGCCACAUCUUGCCAGAAUCUGUGUACGUUUUUUAGAGACGAGCCUCAGUGCACGGAAUGCCUGCGUGUUGCUGAGCCAAGGAAGGUUAUUUGAAGAAGUUGAAUUGAUGCAGAGAUGCUGGGAAGUCAUUGAUGCCCAGGCUGAAGAAGCCUUCAAGUCGGAAGGAUUUGCCGAGAUAGAUUACAAAACAUUGGAAACUAUCCUCAGUCGUGAGACUCUCAAUGCCAAGGAAUUGUCAAUUUAUAAAGCUGUUAGUCGCUGGGCAGACGCGGAGUGUAAACGACAAGGAAUUGAUUCAAAUGCAGAACAUCAACGAAAAGUUUUAGGCGAUUGUUUCAAAUUGUUACGACUACCUACCAUGACUCUGAGUGAAUUUGCCAAUGGCCCUGCACAAUCUGGACUACUGACUUUAGAAGAAGCCAAUUCAAUAUUUCUAAAUUAUACUGCCAGACGUAAACCACAAUUAACUUUUAAUAAAAAUCAUAGAAAAGGUCUUCAACAAUAUCGUGUUCAUAGAUUCCAGUCCUCGGCUUAUCGUAGUAACCAAUGGCGAUAUAGAGGGCGCUGUGAUAGUAUUCAAUUCUCUGUAGAUCGUAGAAUAUUUGUGGCUGGAUUUGGUUUAUACGGAUCAAGCAAGGGCGCUGCAGAGUACCAAGUUCGAAUCGAAUUGAAGAAAAAUGGAUUGAUUUUAGGACAAAAUAUUACAAAAUUUAAAUCUGAUGGAUCCAGCAAUAUCUUCCCAGUAAUGUUCGACAAUCCAAUCCAAGUUGAAGCAGAGACAUUUUAUACUGCAAGCGCAGUUUUAGACGGGACUGAAUUGAGUUAUUUUGGACAAGAAGGUCUAGCGGAGAUUCAAUGUGGGAAAGUCGCCUUCCAAUUUCAAUGUUCUUCCGAUAGUACGAAUGGUACUGGAGUCCAAGGCGGACAAAUUCCAGAACUGAUUUUUUACUCCUAA